ACGGCGAUGAUAAAUCAAGAUGGCGUCUAACGGUGAAGACUUUAUUGCAGUCGUCACAGUUCAGUGUUCUUAAUCUGUGCCUCCAUGUACACAUAUAUGUCCUUUAUUAGACUCUCGUAAAUAGAGUAAACAUCGUUAAUAACUGUUUGCAUCCGGUUAUAUUAGUCUGAGUGCACUUUGAUGCAUCUCGGAAUAGCUUAGUCUGCUAGUUAGCUUAGCUUGUUAGCUGCUAACAAAGAGAAGCGGAAGUGAUCAAAACACAUCGCUAAGCAGAGAUCAAGUGUGAGUGUAAAGUGUUGUGAUUGUGUGAAAAUGUGCGAAAGAACGAUAGCAAAGUACGAGGAGGAACUUCGUCCAACAAAAGAGGAGAAGGAGCGACAACAACAAAAACAUCAAGUUGUGUUACACAGAACCGACAUCCAUCAGCUGAUUGAAAACCAAGAAGAAUGUCUCCCUCAUCUGCAGGGGGACAGUUUCACUUUAGAGAAUCCACAGCCCUCACAUUUUAAAGGGGACAAGGAGUAUCCACAGCCCCCUUAUUUUAAAGAGGAAGAGGAGGGAGAGUGUCCUGUAGGGCAGGAGGAGGCUGAUCUCAGCAAGUUUCCACUGACUGUUGUCUCUGUGAAGACUGAAGAGCAUGAAGACAAACCACCUAAGUCCUCACAGCUUCAUCACAGUCCAAAUGUCUGUGAAGAACAUCUUCUCCCUGAGCAACAGAAGUGGAAUUUCAGGAUGGAGCCACAGCCCUCCCACAUUAAAAGAGAAGAGGAACACCCACUGAUCCCCCAUUUUAAAGAGGACGAGGAUGACCCACAGACCACUGACAUCAAACAGGAAGAGGAGGACCCACUGAGCCCCCAUUUAAAAAAAGAAGUGGAGGACCCAUUGACACCCCAUUUUAAAGAGGAAGCAGUUUAUCAACUGAGUCCUCACAUUAAAGAGGAAGAGAAGGACCCACUGACCCCUCACAUUAAAGAGGAAAAGGAGGAACACCGUAUCAGUCAGGAGGGAGAACAUCUUGAUUGGUUGGAAGAGUUCCCAGUCAUUGGUGUCCCUGUGAAGAGGGAAGGUGAUGAGGUCAAAGGUGAAAGUGAGGAGAAGAGAGAGGCGGAGCCUCCAAGCAGCAAUUCAACACAACACAUGACAACAGAAGCUGAUGGAGACCACUGUGGAGGAUCACAAGCAGACAAGCUCUUAGCUCCACUAUCAGAUAGUGAGGACACAACGUCACACUCUCCUGACACUGAUGAUGAAGACUCUAAAGAUGAUAAGACAUGUCACACUGACAACACUCACUUCACAUGUUCUCUCUGUGACAAAACUUUUAAAUACCAUUGUCGUCUGAAAACACACAUGAGAACACACACUGGAGAAGAAGCCUCUUCAUGCGCAAUCUGUGGUAAAGGUUUUACUCGAAGAUACUCUUUGAAAACACACAUGACAACACACACUGCAGAAAAAGCCUUUUCAUGCGCAAUCUGUGGUAAAGGUUUUACUCGAAGACACUCUUUGAAAACACACAUGACAACACACACUGCAGAAAAAGCCUUUUCAUGCGCAACCUGUGGUAAAGGUUUUACUCGAAGGCACUCUCUGAAAACACACAUGAGAGUACACUUUGGAGAAAAACCUUUUUCAUGUUCAAUCUGCGGUAAAUAUUUUACACAUAAGUCAAAUUUGAAAGUACACAUGAGAAUACACACUGGAGAAAAACCUUUUUCCUGCUCAGAAUGUGGUAAAAGUUUUGUACUAAAUUAUAGUCUAAAAGUGCACGUGAGAACACACACUGGAGAAAAACCUUUUUCAUGUUCAAUCUGCGGUAAAGCUUUUACUCAAAAGCCCAAUUUCAAAGCACACAUGCAAUUACACACUGGAGAAAAAGAGUUUUCAUGUUCAAUCUGCGGUAAAGAUUUUACUCGAAGAGACCAUUUCAAAACACAUAUGAGGAUACACACUGAAGAAAAACAUUUUACCUGCUCAGAAUGUGGUAAAAGUUUUGUAAUAAAUCAAAGUUUAAAAGUACACACAAAAACACAAACUGGUGAAAAACCUUUUAUAUGUUCAGUAUGUGGUAAAAAUUAAAAAGAAAGACAGCAAUUAAAAUCACACAUGAGAACACACUCUGGUGAAAAAACAAACUCCUGUUCGAACUGCAACAAAAGCUUUUGUCAACUAGACACUAUUACUGUUCACAUGAGAAGACAUACAGGAGAGAAAGAGUUGAGUUGCAGUGUGUGUGGUGAAAGAUUCUCUUCUAAGUACCAGUGUAAGAAACACAAGUGUGCUGGUGAGAACAGCAGCAGCAAAUGAAACUGCAAGAUUUGAAAUAAACUGUCAAAACUUGAACUUUGACUUUCUAACAACAUCAGCACAUAUAACAUGUGUGACAUCAUUGUUGUGUAACACAAUCUUGUUAUAAUGAUUCUAACAUUUAUAGAUUAGACACUUCAUAUUAGUGCUUUUAUUUCAGUCAAGUACAUGAGUUAAUUAACACAUUUGUGUACUCUAAAAUAAACAAAACAAUUUGAAAAAUUGAGAAUAAACAGUACAUAAAAUAUGUUACAUACAAUAAACAUUUUGUGUAGAUAUUCAUAAUUCACUUUUAUACUUAUUCAUUAUAGGGUUUUUUAUAUGUUUUUUAAAACAAUGAAGUGUUACAUAUUUUAUUUUCUAAUUCGAGAUGACUCCAUAGAUGAAGUCCUUUAUAUGAUAUACAAACCCCGUUUCCAUAUGAGUUGGGAAACUGUGUUAGAUGUAAAUAUAAACGGAAUACAAUGGUUUGCAAAAUCUGUUCUACCCAUAUUCAGUUGAAUGCACUCCAAUGACAAGAUAGUUGGUGUUCAAACUCAUAAACUUUAUUUUUUUUUUUUUGCAAAUAAUAAUUAACUUAAAUUUCAUGGCUGCAACAACUGCCAAAGUAGUUGGGAAAGGGCAUGUUCACCACUGUGUUACAUCACCUUUUCUUUUAAGAACACUCAAUAAACGUUUGGGAACUGAGGAAACUAAUUGUUGAAGCUUUGAAAGUGGAAUUCUUUCCCAUUCUUGUUUUAUGUAGAGCUUCAGUCGUUCAACAGUCCGGGGUCUCCGCUGUCGUAUUUUAUGCUUCAUAAUGUGCCACACAUUUUCGAUGGGAGACUAGUCUGGACUGCAGGUAGGCCAGUCUAGUACCCGCACUUUUUUACUACGAAGCCACACUAUUGUAACACGUAACUUGGCAAUUUCUUGCUGAAAUGAGCAGGGGCGUCCUUGAUAACGUUGCUUGGACGGCAACAUAUGUUGCUCCAAAACCUUUAUGUACCUUUCAGCACUAAUGGUUUCACAGAUGUGUAAGUCUUUGCGCCUAGAACAAUCCAGAUGGUUCUUUUCCUCUUUGAUCCGGAGGACACAACGUCCACAGAUUCCCCCAAAAAACUGAAAUGUGGACUCGUCAGACCACAGAACACUUUUCUACUUUGCAUCAGUCCAUCUAGAUGAGCUUAGGCCCAGUGAAGCAGCGGCGUUUCUGGGUGUUGUUGAUAAAUGGCUUUCGCUUUGCAUAGUAGAGCUUUAACUUGCACUUACAGAUGUAGCGACCAACUGUAUUUAGUGACAGUGGUUUUCUGAAGUGUUCCUGAGCCCAUGUGGUGAUAUCCUUUAGAGAUUGAUGUCGGUUUUUGAUACAGUGCCGUCUGAGGGAUCGAAGGUCACGGUCACAUGGAGUGAUUUCUCCCGAUUCUCUGAACCUUUUGAUGAUAUUAUGGACUGUAGAUGUUGAAAUUCCUAAAUUUCUUGCAAUUGCACUUUGAGAAAGGUAGUUCUUACACUGUUUGACUAUUUGCUCACGCAGUUGUGGACAAAGGGGUGACCCUCGCCCCAUCCUUGUUUGUGAAUUACUUAGCAUUUCAUGGAAGCUGCUUUUAUACCCAAUCAUGGCACCCACCUGUUUCCAAUUAGCCUGCACACCUGUGGGAUGUUCCAAAUAAGUGUUUGAUGAGCAUUCCUCAACUUUAUCAGUAUUUAUUGCCACCUUUCCAAACUUCUUAGUCAUGUGUUGCUGGCAUCAAAUUCUAAAGUUAAUGAUUAUUUGCAAAAAAAUUAAAAUGUUUAUCAGUUUGAACAUCAAAUAUGUUGUCUUUGUAGCGUAUUCAACUGAAUAUGGGUUGAAAAUGAUUUGUAAAUCAUUGUUUUCCAUUUAUAUUUACAUCUAACACAAUUUCCCAACUCAUAUGGAAACGGGGUUUGUACAUCAUUUGAACAGUUGUGUUUUAUACAAGAUCAUUUACUUUUAAAAUGUGUGACUUUAUGAAUCAUUUGAUGGGUCUCUAAAAUCUAUUCUACCAAGUAUCUUGACUACUCUCUUUUGUAAUAUGAAUAUUGUUUUGUGGUUGUUUUAUAUGUAUGUCCCCACACCAUUAUGCAAUAAACAAUGUAUGCUUCAA